AUGCAAUUCUCAACUGCUGCAUUUGCCCUUCUUGGCCUUGCUCUCACUGCUUCGGCAGCCAACGAGAAGCUUUGCUUUCCUGUCCCUGGACAGAAGAACAAUGUUCCUCAGUCCAUCACUGACCUCGAUGAUCAAGUGAAGGUCGACUGGGCUACUAAGCUCUGCUCCCAGAUCAACUUCUCAAAUGUUGACGCCCAGUCUGUUACCACAGACGUCGCUGACGGUGUCGACGCACCUGAAGACGGAAAGACCUACGGUCUUAACCUGGUGACUGUAGCUGUUACGGAUGAAGAAUCCUGUGUUUCUUAUGCCGCACAAACACUCACUGCUGAUGUUUGCCCCAGUGGUGGUGCGUUCAUCGACCUGGACAGCGCCCAGGAGGAGUGGUUCACCAUUGUUGCCCUCGACUAA